GACUUUGUGCUGGGACAACCCGAGGAGGAAUCACCCUCAUGGUACACGGGACUCAAGGGAACCAAAUCCUCUGAACUGGGGGGAAAAAUCCGGGCAAAGAUGCCAUCCAGGAAGAAAACCUCCAUGUUCGCCUCUGCCUUUUGCACGUGUGUGAGCUCCUUCGUGGUGAUCUGCGUGGCGCUGGCCACGCCGCAGUGGGUGAGCAGCGAGGUUCGCUUCUCGGGCCUCGGCAGCACCGUCACCAUCAGCCUCACCUACGGCCUCUUCAGCGGCACCUGUGAGCAGUUCGUGGAUGCAGGGCUGCAGGUGUCCAAAACCAACUUCCAAGUCUCAGAGGCCCUGAGCAGCAGCAGCAGCAGGAGCCUGGUCGUGGCCACCAUCGUGAUGCUGGUGCUGGCCCUGCUCAGCUCCCUGCUCAGCGCUGGCUUCACCUGCACCAACGCUGUCAGCAACCCCUACCAGACAUUCCUGGGACCCAUCGGAGUCUACACCUGGAAUUCCCUCUGUGGAGUCCUCACCCUCAUAGCCAUGAUCCUUUUCCCUGUGAACGUGGAAGGGAACAGCCUGUCUGAAGAGCUGGCCCACAGCUGUUCCAGCUCCCUGCAGGACCACCUUGGAUCCAAGCACAACUAUGGAUAUUCCUACUGGAUCAUGCUGCUCGUCCUUUUCCUGAACAUUGCUUCUCUCAUCAUCAUCUAUUUCUACGACCACGCCAGAUAUUCCAAGAAGAAGGAGCAGGAAAGGCCCAUAGAGAAUGCACCAAAGGAUGUUAUUCUGUUUUAAGGACACCUUGGAAAAGGGGGUGUGAAGGACUUUAAUGUGGACUGCAAAUUUCCAUUUGCUCUGAACUGUGUGCAAACUUCAAUUCCCAGAUUGUUUUGAGGACACAAAAGCCUGGUUUGGUUUUGUGCCUUUGAGCAGGAAGAUCAAAGCCGUUGUUGUGCAAAGCCUGCAGACACCAGGAUCCCUUGGGAUGGGGAGAAAUGGUCACUGAGGUGCUGCUGCUCCCUCUUCUCCUUGCUCUGCCCAGGGAUCUCCUGCAGGUCUGGAGCCUCCUGGGCCUUGUGGCCAAAACCCACGGAGCACAGAGGUGGAGUCCCAUCCCAUCCCAGGGAUUUAAAGCCCUGUGGAGGUGGCACUUGGGGACACUGCUGGCCCUGGCAGUGCUGGGGAAUGGCUGGACUCCAUGGAUUUUCCAGCCUAAAUUACUCAACAGUUCCACGAGAGCAGAGAAGCCCAGUAUCUGCAGGUUAUUAACACACAGAAACACCAGGGAAAUCCUGCUUGUGCCCUGCCCAGAGCCAAGGGCAAGGCCGCACCUCGGGCAGGGGAGCCCUGCCCCUCUCCACAUGUCCCCAGGUGAUGAUUCCAGGGUGAUUUCUGGCCAGGGCCAUCCCCUUGCCCAGUCUGAGGAGUGUUUCAUGUGCUCACAAAGACACAGGGCUGCAGGACUGCCCAGGAGUGGGGCAACCACAGCUCCAUUCCCUUCUCACUCCUCCCAGGGAGUGGGCACUGGGACCUUGGGACAGAUCCAAAGUGCAAAACCCUGCUCAGAGCACGUGUUCAGCACUUCUGCCCCUUUGUCCCUCACCUCUGCAGCCAGGAGAGACUUUUUUUAUUCCUUUAAAGAGAAAAAAAAAGCCUUUUUUUCCUUUCCAGUGUGGUUUUCAGUCAUGUUCCACAUCUGUCCUGUGAUACGAGAGGUGCUCAUGGAGAUAAAGCAGCACUUUGAAGAGGGGCUGAGGAGAUUCAAGAGGUGAAUCCUCACUAUUUAUGUCACAAAAAUAAAGUUUGGAGAUGAAAGGAGCCAGCACUUUGUGCAGCUGAGCUCUUUCAAAGCAACCAAAGCAGAGGGAUUUCCCAUCUUCCGUCUGAGGGCAGAGUGGGGAAUAAAAUAAAAAUAAAAGAGGAUUUCUAAGA